AUGCGCGAUCUCCGAAAACAGGCUCUCGAGAGCCAUAAGACUAUGUCGCGCAAGGCCCGAUCGCGCGUUGUAUCUACGACAGCCUCCAAGACAACGUCGGCAGCAGGCUCGCCAGCACAGUCGCGUGCCGCCAGUCGCAGUCGACAGGACUCUUCAGACGAAGACGGCUUCAGCGACGGAACUGCUUGGAGCACAGCAUCCAUCGACGAUGUACUCAACGGCGAAGAUAUCAACAUACCCGAAGACGCGUGGAAGGCCGAGCUCAACACGCGCAUCGAACAAAUCACCAACCUCAAGCGCAGCAGCACCGAGGGGCGCACCGAAAGUCUGAAUGCCUACGCACACGUACUCAUGGCCCGCUAUGCGAGGGAUGAGGUUGAGGGACAUGUGAACGAGCUGGUCUCGUCGAUGAUUAAGAGCAUCAGACAGGAGACGACAGAAGCUGAGGUUGUCAAAGCCCUAAAAGCACUCGCUGUCACCGCCGUAACUCUCGAUUCCGAUAGCAUCUACGACGACGUUUCCGACCAACUCAAGCGAUCGAUACAGUCCUCCUCCUCAGUCGCCAUCAAAGUAAACGCAAUCCACACACUCGGCACAACUGCCUUCUUUGCUGGGGCCGGCGACGAUGAGAUCUUGGACAUUAUGAACCUCUUCAUUGAGAUCAUAGAGUCAGACGGCGCAUCUAUUGACGCCCAGGACGAGGGAAAUGUCGUGAUCGCUGCUUUGGAAGAGUGGGGUCUACUCGCAACCGAGAUUGAUGAUCUGGAAGAGGAAACGGAGGCUGCAAUGGAGGCCUUUGUCGAGCAGCUUGAGAGUGCCGACUCUGGUGUUCAGAUUGCAGCAGGGGAGAACAUCGCGCUCCUGUACGAAAAGUCCCUCACUCCACAAGAAGAGGACGAACAGGUGCAAGAAGAGGCAGACUCCGAUGACCCAGAGCACGUCCGCGAUGGCGAGCGGUUAGUCAAGCGCUACACAGUCUGGCGACGACAGGAUCAACUCAUGCACACGCUCGACGAACUCGCAAACGUUUCGACACGCCGCAUAUCCAAGAAGGAUCGCAAAGCACUACACUCGUCCUUCGCAGAUAUCCGCAAUUCGGUUGAGAAGCCAUCGCGCGGUCCAGCCUAUUCCACCGCUCUACAUGAGGAGACUGGGAAGGCCUACGGGGCGGGCAGGAUGAAGGUCAAGAUCAACAAGAAUGUGGAGGUCAGAAUCGACAAGUGGUGGAAGUUACAGAGGCUGAACGCGCUGCGACGGACACUGCAGGGUGGUUUCACCUACCACUACGAACACAAUGAGCUAGUAUCGACAGCUCUCCCUUUCUCCAUGUCGGCAAGACGAUAA